CUCCAUAUUUCAGAUAUAAACCACAAAAAGAUGAAAUUUCCACAUCUGGCCAGGCUGUCAUGGAGAUAACGCUGCUGACCGGGUUGCAGGCUGAUGAGAAGCAACUAAACAAGCUUGUGAACAGAGUUGAUCAGUUUGUCAGAGGCUACAGCAUAGAAGACGGAAAAGUCAUCCUCCAUUUUGAUUGGAUCACGUCUGAUGAUUAUGUCUGCGCUCCACUGUACAUCAGGAAGAUAUUUAAGGUGGCGUUCAUGAGCCCCGGGAUCUUUAAAGUCUACGAGUUCCACGCUCCAGAACAGGAGUGCACCACCUACUACAACCCCUUCCUGGACGAGAACCUGACCAGAGUGUGCGCCGGAGAUGCCUGCAAAUGUAUUGAAGGUGAAUGUCCCAAGAUGAAGAGCAGACUGGACAUGAGUGUGACGGCGGAGCAGAGGAAGGACGCCGCAUGCAAGGGCGACAUGACCUACGCCUAUAAAGUGGAAGCCGCAAUGUCUGAGGACGAGGGGGAGUUUGUGAAGUACACGGUGACCAUCGUGGAUAUAUUCAAUAAAGGCUCCGCCUCAGUGAGGUUUAAUAAACAAGUGCGGCUUAUCCAGAAGAAGACAUGCGACAAGUUCAGUCUGCAGCGCGGGGAGCGCUACCUGAUCAUGGGGAAGGACGGCCUCCAGCUCCGAGGAGAGCGGGAAUUCGAGUACAUGUAUCCCCUGGACUCCAACACGUGGGUGGAGUGGUGGCCGGAGUCCUCAUCCUGCAGCACUCGCUCCUGCGCACAGUUCCUCACCGUCCUGGAGGAUUUCUCAGAGAGCAUACUUCUGGAUGGCUGCAAGCCGUAGUCACCGCUGAAGAUUUGUCACAUUGUUUCACCCCAGUUAUCGACUAUGUCACUUUACUGUUUUCUUGUGUUUUUACUUUUUCCAAAUAUGUACAUAAUAAAACAAGUCACAUGACUGAUCACUGUG